CUGAGGACAAGUCGGCGUGCUGUCCACAGGCAGGGCUCUGACCACUUCAAGGGCCUGUGGGUGAGGGAGGCGUGGCCUCCUGAGGUCGGCCCGGGGCAGCGAGGUCAGGCCGCAGGGACCUCUGCCCUCCCCGUGGACCCCUCUGCUCCAUGCCUGGCUCUUGCUUGGCACACAUCACCACCUCCAGAGGCCCACGGCCUCCGUGGCUGGCACCCCAGCUCGGGCAGGGGAGGUUCGCCCAGGAGGAACUCAUGGGCACCCCACCAGGCGUUCCGUUUCCUAUGCCCUGGAGAUGGCAGCCGGAGCUGCGCCAGGGCCCAGGCCUCCUGGGUGGGUCCUCUGGCCGGCCCGGCCUGGCCGUCUGGGGUGCACUGUGGUAGGGGCACCCUGCCCUGGAGGGUGGCUCUCGGGCAGCCCAGGGCCACUGGGGGGUCCCCGGGGGCUUGGCUCACUGUGGAGGCCACGGAGCUCCGUCCCUGUGCUGGAGCUGGAGGUGAUCCUCGGCUUCCCUGGCACCCUGCCUGUCUGUGGACACAGCUCCUUGCUGCCCACAGCUCUGUCUGACUGUCCGCUUGGCCAGGCAAUCCAGACGGACGGGGACCAGGGGUGGGCUCCCUGCGCCCGUCCUGCCCCAAGGCUGCCCUGACCUGCGAGCAUGGGCGCCCCGCACAUCCCACGGCGGACGGUGCUCUUUCAGCGGGAGAGGACGGGCCUGACCUACCGGGUCCCAGCGCUGCUUCCGGUGCCCCCGAGGCCCACCCUGCUGGCCUUUGCGGAGCAGCGGCUCAGCCCCGACGACUCCCAUGCCCACCGCCUGGUGUUGAGGAGGGGCACGCUGGCUGGGGGCUCCGUGCAGUGGGGCGCCCUGCGCGUGCUGGGGACAGCUGCCCUGGAGGAGCACCGCUCCAUGAACCCCUGCCCCGUGCUGGACGCGGGCUCGGGCACCGUCUUCCUCUUCUUCAUCGCUGUGCGCGGCCACACGCCCGAGGCCCUGCAGAUCGCCACCGGCAGGAACGCAGCCCGGCUCUGCUGUGUGACCAGCCCUGAUGCGGGCCUCACCUGGAGCAGCGCGCGGGACCUGACCCAGGAGGCCAUCGGGGCUGUGCUGCAUGACUGGGCCACCUUUGCGGUGGGUCCAGGCCAUGGGGUCCAGCUGCGCUCGGGCCGCCUGCUGGUGCCUGCCUAUGCCUACCGAGUGGACCGUCGGGAGUGCUUUGGCAAGGUCUGCUGGACCAGCCCCCACGCCUUUGCCUUCUACAGUGAUGACCACGGCCACACCUGGCACUGUGGGGGCCUCGUGCCCAACCUGCGCUCUGGCGAGUGCCAGCUGGCCCCGGUGGACGGAGGCUUCCUCUACUGCAAUGCCCGGAGCCCCCUGGGCAGCCGAGUCCAGGCGCUCAGCACCAACGAGGGCACAUCCUUCCUGCCUGGGGAGCUUGUGCCCACCCUGGCCGAGACUGCCCGGGGCUGCCAGGGCAGCAUUGUAGGCUUCCCAGCCCCACCCACCCACAGGCCUGGGGAGGAGGAGCCUUUGCUGGGGAGGAGGGGCACCGGGAAUGCCCCUCACCCUCCUCCCCUCCGACGUGGGGUCCCAGAGCCCUCCAGGGAGGGUGCUGAAGGCCCCAAUAGGGACUUGGUGUCUGGCCAGCCCUUCUGCCCCUCACGGCCCUGGGGAGGUGGGGACAGGGGGGCCUGGGUCCCAGUGCCCUCUGGGCCCCCUGCCGCGCUCCCCCAGCACCCCACGUGGCUGCUGUAUUCCCACCCUGCAGGCCGAAGGGCCCGGCUCCACAUGGGCAUCUACCUAAGCCGGUCCCCGCUGGACCCCCACAGUUGGACAGAGCCCUGGGUGAUCUAUGAGGGUCCCAGCGGCUACUCUGACCUGGCGUCUCUGGGCCCUGUGCCUGGGGCAACCCUGGCCUUCGCCUGUCUGUUUGAGAGUGGUACCAGGGUCUCCUAUGAGAACAUCUCCUUCUGCAUGUUCUCUCUGCCCGAGGUCCUGGAGAACGUGCCCACAGGCCCCCUGCCACCCAGCUGUGGGGACAAGCCUUGGGGGCACUGCCGGCCCUCUUGAUGGGCCCUCUGGCUGGGCAUGCUGGGAGGAGGGGUGGGGGGGGACGGCCUGGUGGCCCCAGGAUGGACGAGCUCUGCACCGGGCCGUGGAGGUGACUGCGGAGGAACUUGGGCAGCACAAGCAGCGGGCAUCGUUGGGUUUGCAGUGGGCGGUGUGGCAGCAGUCCUCUUUCCAAGACUGACCGUGUGGCCACUGCAGCCCUAGGGCCCAGGGUCUCAUCUACAUCAGGUCCCUUGUCACUGGAUUGCCUGCCGCUCGCUGGAGUGAGGUCAAGAAAUGAAGGACUGAGCUUUGUGUGCUGCAGGGUCCACGUGCAGGCCCUGGGAGGCCUCCACGCCUCCGAUCCCCUGCCCCGACCAUGCUGCUCCCAAGGGCUCAGUGGCAGCAGAGGGGACGGAAGGAGGAGCAGAGGACUCAUGCCUCUUCUGUCCGCUGCCCACCUGUGCUGACUGCUAGUCUGGGGAUGGUUGAUGGUAACGUCUUCCCUGUCUGAAGUUCUGACUGUAGAAGCAGCUGGGCUCCAUUCUGCUCUGCUGCCCCUGCCCAGAGGGGGGUCAUCUCCCAGGGCCAACCAGCAUGCUCUGCUCCCCUGGAGAGGGCACUGCUUCCAUGGGGGCUGCUUUUAAAGUCCUACUUUCUGAUUAUAAAAUUGUA